CACCCUAAAAUUCAGCCCCUCCCAAAUCUCUUUCCUUUGCCCUUGGCUCCGUGCUCAGGUUUGUGGGUAUAUAAGGGACUUCUUAAGUCUUCCAACGACACAAUUCCCUCGUCCUCCAAACCAACACUCGACUCCCGAAGUCCGACAACAUGAAGGCAAUCGUUCUCUCCUGCUUCUUCGCCCUGGCAUUAGCCGCCCCGCAGCAGCAAUUCGAGCAGAGGCUUCCCCCCGUCGCCAUCGUCCGAGAUGAGCGCGUCGACAAUGGAGACGGAAACUUCAACUACGCCUUCGCCGCCGAGAACGGUAUCGAAACCGAAGUAGCAGGAUCCCCAGGAUCUGUUGGACAGAGCAACAUGCAGGGAUUCUACCUCCUUCCCCGUGAGGAUGGCAGCUUCGCCCGCGUGAACUUCGUAGCCAACGAGAACGGCUUCCAACCCGAAGGCGACAACAUCCCCGCCGUCCCCGAGCACGUCUUCGAACUCCUCCGCAUCGCCGAAGAACAGAGAGCCUCUGGUGUCCAGUUCGACGAUCAAGGUUUCCGUAUCAACUAAACGGAUCAUCAAACUCUGUCCCUCCACACUUCCCUCAAACCGCGAGAUCUUUCUAAACUCUGCUGGAGUCGACCUCUACACAAAGCCUUUUCCGAACCGCUUGCAUAACGGGAAAAUGCAAGAGGCUUUUCUUUUCUUUAGCUCUCAGCCCUUUGUCUUCUCUGUACAUACGUUCAUCUAUUUUUGUGAUAUAUGGAGGCUUCUCCGUAAGAAAAAGGAACUGUAUAUGUAUAUUUCCCGGUGCUGAUGCAUUCUGUCAUAUAUCAUACAUGUGACUUCAAAACUAAACAUACAGGUUAUGUACUUCCCUCAAAAAGAAAAAAAAUAUAUGCGUGAAGCAAUACAAUAAUGAUUUUGUUUUGCAAAAAAACA